AUGAGGUCCCUGUUGAAGCUGGUUUUGAUUCUGCUCUGUGUCCAGAGGGGAGAGGGCCACUGGCUGAGAUCACUGGUUGAUCAGAGAGAAGAAACAGCAUCUGCACACACAUCUGCAAAUGAGGACAAAAGUAGUAGAUAUUCAGCUGAAGAUGACGGCCAAACAGAAGCUUCUGGAGUUGGGUCAUCAUUUGAUCCCAUCAUCGCAGUCCGGUCACGCCGCUCUGCUCCAGACUCCCAGUGCAGCCUGCGCUCCAUCCUACUGCAGGUUCGAGACCUCGGGCUGGGCUACGACUCAGACGAGACUAUCCUCUUCAAGUACUGCAGCGGGAUGUGCCCUUUGGUUCGCUCCAACCAUGACCUCACCCUUACUAACCUGUUGAUCAGUGGGGCGAUUCCUCACUCAACCCCUGGCGAGCUAUGGCACAACGCGCCCUGCUGCAGGCCCACCCACCACGAGGACAUGGCCUUCCUCGACAACUUGCAUCACUGGCACAAGGUGGAGAAGCUACUGGCAGCGGGCUGCAGCUGUGUGGGCUAG